UCGUGCUGCUUUUUAGGAGAAUGUACGUUCGGUUUGUUCGGCAGUAGCAUUUGCCAACAAAAUCUCAUGUUGGUGACAUAAUAUCGCGUGUGUAAGAGCAUUGCACUGGCAUCGUGUCCACGGAUAGCCACCUUGCGACUAAACAAAGAAAGCGCAUGACUAUAUUCCGCAACUAUAAAGACGUCAAACGGGCAAGCUUAACCAGUGUUUUCAGCUUUGUAUGUUGAAAAGCUGUGAAAAAGGACCGGCCGGUGUGUUUUUCAACAUACAAUAUUCAAUGUUUAUCUCGCCACGCAGUGGAAACCAGAGACAACAAAGCUGCGCUGCAAGUGAGAGCAGUCAAGCAGUGUCCUUGAGAUUACGAGACGAGAUGUCAAAACUUAAGAUUAUGGUUUAAAGCAGGAGCGGCUUUCGAUGGAAGAAAAUAAGACUAGCAGAAACGAAAGCGAGAUAUAGGAAUACUUUAAACAUACCAAAGGCGGCCAGUACUUUCAUUAAUGCAAACGUGUAUAAUUUCAUAGUCUACUUUUUCUCUUGAGCUAUGCACUAGAUCAUUUUUUUAAAUAUCAACAUAUAAAAAAAUCUAGUCUGCUUAUCUUUUGUCAUCUUUUUAUUGUUGAAGACCCCAUUACUCGAUUCUAUGUCGAGCGAAUCAAGUAGUCGCAGAUAAAUAAUUUUCGUCUUAGGACGAGUCUCAGCGCAUUCGACAUUGAAAGAUAUCCUAAGCGAUUAUGCGCCACAACACCCUUUUUUUCUCAGUUGGCGAAAAUGGAAAAUUAAGGCAACAAGUGGGCUUGCAUCAAACUGGGGAAUGAUGAAGACGCCGUAAACGUGAUACGAGUGAUUCAAAAUCCUAUGCAUGUGCGAGGUGAAGACCUUCAUUUGUGGAAUAGACAUUGACUUGAAAUUGUAAGAAAUAAAGGCUUAGAUCAAACAAAGGCAAGCAUAAAGUGUGCAAUGUAAAGAUUUGUAUAAGGGUGAAUAAGGAUCACUCAGUAAAAGAUUUCUAGCAGAUGAGACGGCCAACGUCACUUGAAUAGCGGAAUCUCUUAGCACUAAUCACUUUUUAUUUAUACACUCAUCAAAGUCUUCCUUUCUUUCGUAACCUUGCUGAGAUAAAAGACUUUUACCGCUUCAGUCCUAAAAACGAUUGUGUCUUCGAUUUUUCUAGUGGUUCUCAUAUAUGCAGCUAUUCAAUGUGUCAUGGUCUCUGUUUGUGUACAAGAUAACCAGAUCACUGUCGUAGACGUUAAAGUGACAGAUAGUACAUGCACAAAACAAACAUAGAAACAAUAUUGACGCAAUCGUGAUCAGAAGAUACUGUAAAAGUUUAGUUAUUUAAUUAAUGACGUACAUGAUAUACAGUCUAGUCCCCCUACGCAUAAGUAGGUAGAACACCGUUGUUCAUAGUGAAUGUGAUAGUGCCAGUGGAAACGAUGAUGUGUACCAUGUGGGUUUUAAUUUUGACUCUGUUGUUUUUAACUAGAGAAAAUCAUACCAGGGCCUAUACGAAUCAAUGGGCUGCACAUAUUGAAGGAGGACAGGAAGUAGCCCUGAAAGUUGCCCAGGAUCAUGGAUUUCGGUAUCUCGACAAGAUUAUAGAUGAUUGGUAUCACUUGGAACAUAGAUUGGUGAUGAAAAGAUCUGCAGUUCCACACACUGGAGUGCAUGAACAAUUAUCGCAGGAUUAUAGAGUUCACAGAGCAGAACAACAGCGUGCAAAAUCACGUUCUAAGAGGGACUUCAUUAUAAAACACGGUCAAUUUAAGACACAAAUCGUUUUAAAUGAUGAAAGGUGGUCUCUGAUGUGGUAUUUGAAUCGUGGUAGUGGAUUAGAUAUGAAUGUUCAAGGUGCUUGGACAGAAGGAAUUACUGGACAUGGAGUAGUUGUGACGAUUCUUGAUGAUGGCUUGGAAAAAGAUCAUCCCGACUUGAAAGAAAAUUACGAUCCACAGGCUAGUUAUGACGUGAAUAAUCAUGACGAAGAUCCAAUGCCUCGAUACGAUCUAGUAGAUAGUAAUAGGCAUGGUACGAGAUGUGCUGGUGAAGUAGCUGCAACGGCAAACAAUUCCAUUUGUUCUGUGGGAGUAGCUUUCCAUGCUCAAGUUGGAGGAGUUCGUAUGCUCGAUGGAGAUGUUACUGAUGCUGUUGAAGCCCGAUCUUUGAGCCUAAAUCCACAGCACAUUGAUAUUUACAGUGCAUCUUGGGGCCCGGAUGAUGACGGAAAAACCGUUGAUGGACCAGGCGAAUUAGCCACAAGAGCUUUUAUCGAAGGAGUAACUAAGGGCCGUGAUGGCAAGGGUUCUAUUUUUGUAUGGGCAUCAGGAAAUGGCGGCAGAGACCACGAUAACUGUAACUGUGAUGGAUACACAAACAGCAUUUGGACUCUAUCAAUCAGCAGUGCUACGGAGAAUGGCUUAGUGCCUUGGUAUAGUGAAGCAUGUUCAUCAACAUUAGCCACAACUUACAGCUCUGGUUCGACGGGAGAAAAACAGGUCGUGACGACUGACCUGCACCACUACUGCACUAGCAGUCAUACUGGAACCUCAGCUUCUGCCCCGUUAGCUGCUGGUAUAUGUGCCCUUGCAUUGGAAGCAAAUAAGAAUCUGACAUGGAGAGAUAUGCAACAUAUUGUAGUCAGAACAGCUAAGCCAGCGAACUUAAAGGCUCCGGAUUGGGUAACCAACGGAGUUGGUAGAAACGUGAGUCAUAGUUUUGGUUACGGGUUGAUGGACGCCACUGCCAUGGUACUUCUUGCAAGAAAAUGGCGGACAGUUCCCGAACAACACAACUGUGAGGUAUCAGCACCUCAAGUGGGACGGGCAAUACCUGCAAAGAGCCAACUAAUUCUUGAAUUACACGUGAAAGAAUGCAGUGGGGUGAACUUCUUAGAGCAUGUUCAGGCAAAGGUGUCUUUAUCAGCGAGUAGAAGAGGGGACCUUCAGAUCCACUUGACUUCACCACAAGGAACGAAGAGCACUUUGCUUGCAAAAAGGCCUCAUGACGUUUCAAAAGCCGGUUUUCACCAAUGGCCAUUCAUGUCUGUUCAUACUUGGGGCGAAAGACCACAUGGUAUAUGGAAACUAGAAAUUCACAACGAAGGAAGGUAUCUAGGUCGUGCAACUCUCCACGAGUGGGCGUUGUUCUUCUAUGGGACGUCUACUAUACCUGAUAGAAAGAACCAUCAGUUAUACAAUCCAACAGCGGAAAAUAUGCCUCGCAGACCAUUUGUAAAGUCUCGCAAAAACAAUUAUUUUAAGAGUCAAAAUUCUUUGGCUGGAAGAAGUAAAAAGGGCAAGCAAACACCACAGCAUACAUUGGAAAAAAUGCAAGGACUUUUAAACUCUCAUUACGCAAUAGUUCCAGGUCAAGUUCAAAGAAAAAGUAAGACUCGCGGUCAACAUAAAAGUGGAAAAAAUUUUAGUCGACCCACUAGCAGACAAGCUAGCAGACCUACUAUUCAAACGUUGCGUGGUUUGACAGUAGCACGUGGUUCUAAGCCUGGAGAUGUACGACUCAUUACUUCAAAACCACGAGGUCGAAGCACCUCUAAUCCAAUGAAGACCAACACUAAUGUUGUACCGACAACUAAGUCCUGGACUUAUCGUUCAACAUUAUGGUCAAAAUCGGUAGACUUAGUAACUGAGUCUUCCAUGCAACAAGGUAUUAUUUUAAUGGAACCAGCUUCAAAAUCUGCCACCAAUAAGAUACCAAAGGUGUUUCAACAGUAUCCGAAGUUCCAGCAACUUUAUCCCCUAUACCCGCUUUACACAGGAGCACAUGGUCUGGUUCAGCAUGCAACUGGAGAAAAAGGACUAGAUUUAUUGCAAGACGGCCAAUUUGACUCCAGAAACCUGCAAUUUGACAAGGAUCACUUAGAAGAAUGGAAGCUAGUAUUUUACGGUACGGAUACAUCUUUGGACAUUGAUAAUGAGCUAGGUAAGGAUGAACCUGAAGUCAGUGGUCUACCUCUUCUGGAAGUUCCGGAUGAUACGACAACAGGUGCCCGGCAGAAUAUGGUGGACAUGGAAGGUGAUCCGUUGAUUGGAAGUCAGCAGAUGGAUCGAGUCUCGCAUUCAGAAGAUCUGAUACAGAGGCCGUCGAACGAAAAUCAAGCAAGUGGAGGCUGCAAGAUUUCAAAUGGUGCUCAUGGGUGCCUAGUUUGCAAGCCGAAUUGGUAUUUGAACGAACUUCAUUGUGUUUUCCACUGUCCAGCUGGUACUUAUGCCGCAUCUGACGAAAGCCAUUCCGUUUGUGUAUCUUGCCAUUACUCUUGUGCAACUUGCUCUGGGCCAACGGGAAACGAAUGCACAUCCUGCCAUCAAGAUUCUGUACGAAUCGAGUCCAAUUGCGUUCUGACUUCUAUCGCUUGGAAAAUGCAGGCAACUAGCUGGUUUUACAGAAUGACAAUUUUUUUUGUUAUAAAUCUAUCAGUGAUAACUGCCGCUGCAAUAUAUCUAUGCGUUUCCUGGUUCCGAAGAAAACUUAUUUUCAGAACCUACGAUUAUGGCCAAGUGGGAUAUUCUUCAAAUGUUAUAGCUCAAUGUAAUGCUGAUGAUUCCUCAUCGGAAAGUGAAUAGUCAUAACAAAAUUGUUAACAAAAUUUAAUCCAAUGUUUCAUUCAGAAAAAUAUUAUAAAAAUUCCGUUAAGUUUUUAAUAAUAAAUAUGCCAAUUGACACGGGGACAUUAGUUUCCUCUAGGCGCUUAAGGCACGUCAGUGUCUUUCCACCAGCAUUCCCAUUUAUGGAGUACAAAAAGUUUUAAAACACGAAUCACUUCUACCACAUUCCCUCUGCAAUCGUCUCCAAACCUGUACAUACGACCGUGAACAAGGUUAGGAUGGCGUUGGCUGUUGUUGGGUGGUAUAAUUACGGCGGUAGAAUUGAAGAUAAAGGGGUGGAGGGGGUAAUAUUCGCAAGGUAGCAGUGAUAAAAGAGAGAAGCGGUAAGGGGGUGGUUAGUGGUAUAUUGUUGAAGGUGCUGGUAUCCACAAUAUAAUUUAUAUGGAACUUUAAAGCCUCAAGAGUUCGCCACGCGAAUGAGCACCUGUUUAUUUUCUCUCGAUAAGUUAGCACCUUUUUAUUUUGUCUCUCCAAAAUAAAACCUUCUCAUUUAGAUAUAUCGAUAUAUGUUCAUUUUAAAAGUAACCUGAAAAGUCGAAUACGUGGAAAUGAAGUCCAAUCCUUAAUGUAUUCAAAACUGAAAAGAUAAAACCUUUUUAUAUAAGCAUUUAAAAAGACAUUACCACUUUAUAAUUACUUCCCAUGUGAAUCACUGUGUACAUAUGAGUGCAUACAGAUAGUUACGUAUCACGUUACAAAAGUAUCGUAAAUGCAAAUUGUGUACCUAA